AUGGAUAUUCUUGAUCUGACCACUCCAACACAUCACAACAAUGCUAAUGUUGUUGAAGGCAUUGAGGAGACCCCUAACGAUACCAUUAAACAUUGGGUUCCUCUAAAUGUUCCUGAAGACAUGAAACCAAUUGUGAAUUCUGUUUGGGACAAACCAGAAACAGCAUUAGACAUGUAUGAAAAGUAUGCUGAAAAAGCUGGUUUCGUAGUUCGCAAAGCAUCGGUAAAAUAUAGAAAGGAUCGUACUGUAUCAAACAAGUACUAUGUGUGCAAUAAAGAAGGUCAACCAAAGAAAGUUCAAGCCAUUGACACAUUACUGAAUGAUGUGCUUGAAAGUAGUAGAAAUCGUCGAAAUUCUAACUAUGCAAUUACUGGUUGUGAUGCCCGUAUUAAGCUGAAAAACAAAAAAGGUACUGAUUUUUGGGUGUUAUAUGAAUUUGAAGAGAAGCAUAACCAUCCUAUGAUAGACGAGAGAAAAAAACAUUUGUCAAAACCUUGUAGGAAACUCUUAUUUGAGGACCAGGUUUUUAUCCAAAAUGUUUCGACAAAUAAUAUAGGUGCUACAAAGGCAUAUAGGUUACGUGCGGCCAUGAACGGAGGUUACCAGAAUGUUCGGGGAACUGUAGAUGAUUAUAAGAACACGAAAGCAGCCAUUAACCUUUUCGUGGGUAAUAGGGAUGCACAGAUGCUUGUCAAUAAACUAAGAAACAGAUCAGUGUGUUUGCCUGAGUUUUCGUUUGAUUAUAAAUGCGAUAAAGAUGAGCUGGUUUGUCUUUUCUUUGCUGAUGAAACAUCAAAGUGCAACUACAAAGAGUUUGGAGAUGUCAUUGCUUUUGAUGCGACAUACAGCACAAACAAGUAA